UUGAUUUGUUAUUGGGUAUAACUUUGUGGUUGUAACUUUGAGUUUUCUGACCAAAGUCUUGCUAGUUUGUGCUUAAAUUGAGGUUCCUAAUUUUUUUAUAAAGCUAUGGAGGAAAGCACCCUGGAAGAAUCCAUCACCUCCUACAAGCAACAGUUGAUUCAGAUUGACACAUUACUCCAGUGUUGUGAAGAUGAAAACAAACACGAGCUGAUAAAUCUCAGAAAAGACAUCACAGAUCUUAUAAAAAUCACAGAAGAAAGUUUACUAUCGCUGAAGAAGAGCCGCCUACUACAGCAAAUUUCGGAGCAAGAUAAUGAGGUUUAUGAAGAGAAGGAGGAUAGCUCUAGCUCCUUUUCAUAUAAUGAAAAUGAAGAUGAUAUCAAGGAGCAUGAUUUCCUUGGGAUUAAAUGCAGAGUACGGCAUUCUCAUGAUUGGGGGCAAACAGAUUAUCACAAUGCUAUGGUGCUAGAUACAGAGGAAACUGAAGAUGGAGAUCACAAAGUGAAAGUCCUGUUUAUGAACCCAACACAUAAAUCAAUGGUUCCUUGCUCUUAUUUCCUGGAUGGAAAAUGCAAAUUUACAGAAGAAAAGUGCAGGUUUUCUCAUGGAUACCUGACAGAUAUCUCUGAAUUAGAAGAAUACAGUGAGCCUGAUUUCAGCCUUUUAAAAGAAGGGGAACAUUGUCUUGCAAAAUAUGAAGAUGGAGUAUGGUAUAAAUCAACAAUAAGAAAAAUAAAUGAUGACACCAUAGAGAUACAUUAUGACACUUACAAUACAGAUGCGGUUUUGGAUAUCCAUGAUGUGCUACCUAUUGAGGUGAGAAACAAUGACUACGAGAGCAGUGACGAAUCAAUCAUUGAUGAGGAAAAUAGCAAGGAUAUUCACGAGGAGAACUAUGUUGCCCAAAUAUCUAUGAACUCGAUCCUAAGCACUGGACCACUCGGCGAAUGGGAGAGACAUACGAAGGGAAUCGGAUCCAAAUUGAUGGCAAAGAUGGGAUACCAGUUCGGAAAGGGUCUUGGUAAAGAUGGCGAAGGCCGCGUGGAACCGAUCGAAAUCGUUAUCCUUCCCGCUGGGAAGAGUUUAGAUAAAGUAGCUGAACUACGAGAAAAAGGACAACUUCAUAAGCCCCUCAGAAAACGAAAAUCAAAAAGCAAGUUAGCAGAAGGGGCUGGGAGUUCCGGAGGAAAUUCAUCAGCCAGCUCUAUCCAGGAAACUGAUGUGUUUGAGUUCAUAAAUAGAAAAUUAACACAUGGCGCAUCGCACUCAACACUGCAUUUUAACCAAGUCGAUGGCAAUAAGCACAAGGUUAAACACAAUAUUGAAGAAUCUUACCAGCAGUUGAAAAAUAUAAGAAAGAACAAGUCAAAAGGCAUGUCAACAAAGCAAGCCCAUGCAGGGCCUAACUGGAACUUGCAGUUGUUCAAGAACAACGAGAAGGCAAUGGCUCUCCGCAAAAGACUCACAAAGCAAAAAGAAUCGUUAAAAAGAAACCUCGGCAGGGACAAUGAAAUGGUAUCUCGGUUGAAGGCGAGCAUAAACGCAUUAGAGAAUGAACUGAGGGAACUCGAACAUUCCGGAAAAACAAUUGAGAAUAAGCUACAUUCCAAACAACAACAUAGAAAACUUACAAACGACUGGGAUUGGUUGACUGACCUCUGCGCAGGAGUACAAGUAAUUGACGACAAGGCGCUAUUGUGCAUGCGCAAGAGGAAAGUAAACCUUCCAAACAUUGCUGCCACGAAGAAAACGUGGGAACUUGGAACAAGUGGAAACCCAAGAAAGAUGAGUGACAACGCUGCCAAAGAAGGGUUGAGAAAAAUUUUUGUUGGUGGUCUGAACAGAAACACCACUGAUGAGACAUUUAGAGAUCAUUUCGAGCAGUACGGGGAUAUUCUUGAUUUGAUCAUAAUUAAAGAUUCAACCACUAAAAAGUCAAAAGGUUUUGGUUUUGUUACCUUUGACUCAGUUGAAAGUGCAGACAGGGCAUUAGAAGAUAGGCCACACACAAUUGAUAACAAAGAAGUAGACAUCAAGAGAGCUAUUCCCAGAGAGCAGAAUACAGAUACAGCUCACCAGCGAACUAAAAAGCUGUUUGUUGGUGGAUUGCCAGCCAUUGCAACGGAAGAUGAUAUAAUUGCCCAUUUUCAUGAGACAUAUCCUGGAAAAGGCACUGUUGUUAAAUGCGAGGUUAUUAAAAACAAGGAAACUGGGGCAUCUAGGGGAUUUGCCUUCCUAGAAAUGAGUUCUGAAGAUUUUUCUGAUCUGGUCAUAAUUGAUAACUGCAGACCUGAAAUAUGUGGCAAGGUAGUUGAAGUAAAGAAGGCUGAAGACCGUAGAGGUGGAGAUGGUGGAGGUGGACAGCCACGCAGUGGUGGUCGCGGUGGUUAUGCUGGUCGAGGCCAUGACUCUUCAAGGUAUGAUGGAGGAAAUCAGAAUUUUCAUAAUGACUACCAAGACUAUGGAGGUGAUACUUACUCUGGUGGACAAGGAGGCUACCAAAACCAAGGAGGAUAUGGAAAUGUGUUUUAUCCAAAUGUUGGAUAUGGUGGAGGUUAUGGCCAAAUGCAAGGAUAUGACAAUGGUGAGGGGUAUGGAAAUGCUUACAGUGAAUUUGGUGGUAGCUAUACCCAUACACAGUCUGAAUAUGGGCCUAUGAGAGGUGGAGGAAUGAGAUGGAGUGGUGGAAAUCAACGUGGAGGAAGACCCUAUUGAUUUCAAGGUACUUAAUUAAGUGGUUUAGGUGUGUAGGAGGAAGCGGUAGAGCAGGAAUUAGGCAGCCAUAAGGAGGUCUACAGACUGACUUAUCAACACAUAAGAUAUUUCUGGCAAGGCUAGCUAGGAGCUAAGAGGACAAGAGAAUGUAUACAAGAUUUUCAAGCAAGACAGGUUUCUUAGAAAGAAACAUAUACAUCUGAUAUACCUUCCUUUCGUUUGUGUAAUUACACAACAUAGUUAAUAUGUAUGGUAGCAGUGAUUAAGUAAGUUUAGGUAAUUAAGUUAAUAGUCCCCAA